UUUAAUAUAUAAAGGGGUUUGACGAGGCGGGAAAGGAUCCAUAUUCUCCGAGAAAUAGAACCCAAAUUCUUAUUCCCCUCCCCGUCUUCCAAAAUCUCGUUGAACUGAAGUGAAAGACAGCAAUGGAGUCAACCCGACAUACAUGCUUAAAGCUCGAACCCCAACAUAGCGAGCCCAUCUUCGUAAAGUGCACCUGGUCCCAGUCCCGCUUUGACCUCUCCAUCACCGACGGCCUCCACGCCUGGAUCUGCCACGCGUCGGAAGAGGAGGUGAGAGCGCGCGCUGCUCAGUGGGACCAGCCGGUGACCGAGUACGUGCAGUUGGCUGAGCGGUACUUAGGGUUUCAGCAGCCCGGUUCGGUCUACCGGUUCACCGAUGCCGGAGAUGGCCACAAAAGGUUGUCAUGGACUUUUGACAAGGAAGGCACAACACUAGAAUGGCGGUGGAAGUGUCAACUGUCACCCAAUAGUAAGGAAACUACAGCAGGGAUAUUGGACUUUCUCAUGGAUGCAAAUAUAAGGCUAAGUGAAGAAAUUUUCAGAAAAACUCAAUCGUUUGAGAGGCUAAAAGUGGAAGCUGAGAAGUGUCUAGCGCAGAGCGAAAAAAUUAAUGAUGAGAAGGUGGAGUUCGAAUCUGCAAUAUAUGAAAAGUUUCUUGGGGUCUUGAAUUCAAAGAAAGCAAAACUCAGAGAGCUUCGGGGUCAGCUUUCAAAUGAAAAAGCUGCUGGGAAAUUGCCAGAAGAAGAAUCUUCUGAGAAAACAGAGAGUUUUGACAACGGAAGUGAUGAUGAGAAAAGUGAGGAAGAACCUGCAAAAGAUGUUACAGGCACUUCAAAGCUUGUGUUAGGGAGUAGGCCUCGUGGUCGACAGAGGACCACACGCAUUUAGCUUCACACUAGGUAAGUGUAAGUUACAGCAUGUUGAGCCUUCCUUGAUUUUCCUUCCUUCUGUACGUUAAUGUUUUUUAUUUUUUGGUGUGGGGAGGCUGGGCUGGUCCUGUAAAGAUUUUCAACAUGUAUCGCAACUUUUCAUAGGAAUACAAACUUGUGUAAGUA